AUGGCUGAGCUACCACAACUCGAACGCUACCGGGCUCUGGAUUUCUUUAACAAGACUGUUCCCAUAUAUAUGCUUCGAGGUGACAAGAAGACAUAUGGACUCGCUUGGCCAUUUUUCAUUACUCUUCACAACUAUCUCUAUAAGAUGUGGUUUCGACCUUAUCGAUCGGAAAUUGAGCGAGGACAAUUCAUUACAAAGGUUGUUGAGGUCUGUAACCAGCCCGAGUCAAGUGGCGAAGCCACUUCUAUGGAUGUAGCUAUGGGCUUACGUUCAACUAUACACACGCGACUGCUUAACCUUCCGCCAAGACAGUUCUACACCAUAACAGCCGUAUUCAAGGCGCUUCUCAUCGUCAUACCGGCUAAAAGCUAUUGCAAUUGCAGCUCCAUUGAGGACAUCUCCACUAUGACGGCACUGAUACUUCUUACCGGCGAAAACGAUGGUCUAAGCAGUCCAAUUUCCUUCGAGUCUGUCGAGAACGAAGUUGAGAAAGUUGUAAUCCGUGGUAUGCACGGCGUCAGAACAAGACUCGAAGUAGCCGUAGACUUUGCAAUGUUCUUGGAACAACGCGAAGACGCUGUUUUUGGCCCGCAGCCAGAUCCUGUUGCAUCAACAGCCAGCGAUACAGAAGAAUUGGAUGGGCCUAUGUACUGCUACGAAAAGAGUCAAGCCACGGAAUCAGGCUGGAAGUAUGGACCGAUUGUUGGACCCAGCUCAAAAUGGGUUUCCAUGGAAAGGUACCCCAAAUGGACUGGUUGGGGCGCACGCGUAGAGUUUGCGUGUUACAAGAAAAAAGAAGAGAGAGACUGGCGCUUCCAUAAGCAACGUUGUACCUGCUACUUAUCCCAAAAGACUGAAGAGGUGACCAUCAUUUCCAAAGAUGCUCUGGUCAACAUUAUCGAAAUGAUUGGCGACUAUGCCGGCUAUAGUGGUGGAAGUGAUACUGGACAAGGAACAUGGACGACUGGUGUCCUAAGUCUUAAGGUAUAA